GUUGCGACAAUGGCAUCUUGAUGCAGACGAGACACACGUCAUUUGUUUCAUGCUGUGAAGUCAAGCCAAACACAACACAGAAGUCGCAAACAUGGAUGGAGAUAGGACGCUUCCCAAGAGACCAUGGGACACCUGCCGAGAUCUCCCCGUAUUCGAGGAUGAACAAACUCCCUGGAAAAUGAUCAAACUACUCAAAUUUGUCUCCCUGUGUGUUGUUGCUCUGCUUGUGUUUGGGUUGGCGCUGUGUAGCAAGACUUCCUUCCUCCUCCUCAUCACCUUUGCCAAUGAAGGCACAAAGACCCUCGGAGCAGAACAGAAACCCGUCGCUCUACUGUGUAUAGGCUGCGCUCUCAUCACCUCCAGUGUCCUUCUUUUACAGAAGAGCAUCUGGAAGGCAUGUUACAAAUCUGCAAGGGUUCCAGCCAGAGAAACAGCAGCUUUGUUUAUCUUCUUUGAGAUUCUUGUGUCUGGAGGUGCAGCUAUUCUCACCAUCGUUGCGAUGCCACACUUGGACAUUGUGACCAAUGUGACGAUAUUGAACGGUGUAGCCAUCUUCACUACGAUCAUGCAGAUCAUUUCUCAGUGCAUUGCCAAGGAAAGGAACCGCUUCCUUCUUCCCUCCAUCGCCGCCUUCCUCCUCCUUUUGCUCGGUUAUGUCCUGUUCGUCAUCUUGUACAUCACGAAGGAUCCCUCUGAUACCAAGAUGGCCAUCUGGGUGGGCCUGGCUGUGGGUGCGUCCGUCUUGGUGUCUCUCAACUGGUGGGAAACCUACUUCAAAUUAAUCAGUGAGAACAGCAGCUCUGUCCGCCUAAAGAGACUCUGUAAAGAUAUUAGAAGGUGCCAGAACAUGCUGCACAUCCUCUCCAGCCUACUCAGGAUUGUGGUGACAGCCUGUGUGCUCGGAGCCUACGUCCCUCUGGCUCGAAUGGACUGGGAAAUCGUGAGGUCCAUCCCACCCCGCGAGACAAGGAUUAUAGGCAUCACCAUCGGUGUCCAGCUCGUCUCCUCAGCCCUCUGCCAAUGGUUUGCUGUUGUGGCUUGUAAAAUGCACGCUCUGCGACGGUGCUUCAUCCUGCCUGUUUACCUAGCAUCUCUGGCUGUCAUGGCUCUGCUCGUCAUCCCUGUCAUCGUCUACUAUGAAGACUUCAAACAUAGUCUGAAUAGGACUUCAAGCACUGACUUCAGAAACUACUGCAGCGUGGUAGUGGAUGGAAGAGUCCCAAGCCUGAAUGGGACUAUGUUCCCAGAGCUGGUUUUGGACGUGACACACACUCUGUGCUUCCUGGACAUGUCCAAAAUGUGGGACAUCGGCAUGCUUACAGGUUCAGCAGUGUCCUGGUGGCUCGGCCUUGUUCUGGCCACGCUUCACCUCUGGUACCUCAGUCUGUAUCGCAUCCAGAGGACCCAAGACCUGUUCAUCAAGAGGUUGUAUGAGGGAGGAUUUUUAGAGCAGUCGCUGUUACUUAACACUCGAUUUGACAUCCAGACAACCGACAGACACAAGAGAUUCACACCACUGGAACCAGUAAAAGUCUUCCUCUGUGCAACAAUGUGGCACGAGACAUUAGAUGAGAUGAUGAAGAUAAUCAUUUCAAUAUUUCGCUUGGACCAGUAUCGGCCAAAGAGGGAAAAAGAAACCAGUGAUGUGGCCUUUGAAGGCCAUGUCUACUUUGACGACGCCUUCAGAGAUGUUCCAGGGAGCGAAGGCCGCCACGUCAAUGAAUAUGCAGAGAUGCUUGUGGAAAUUAUUAAAGAAGUUUACAGUUAUUUUGUGAACAUGGAUAAAGGCCUAUUCGAGAAGCAGCAGCAGGUCCCUGGACAGACACUCAUGAGGACACCGUACGGAGGGCGUGUGGUGGUCACCAUGCCUCAUGGGAACACUCUGGUGAUUCACUUCAAGGACAAGACGCUCAUCCGCCACAAAAAGAGAUGGUCACAGGUCAUGUACUUGUACUAUCUCUUGGGCUGGAAAGUUGCAGCUAAAUAUUACAAGAGGUUGGAUAAAGGAGAGGACGAGGCUGAGCUAAAAAAAGAGCUACAGAAAGAGAAGCAAAACACCUACCUCCUGGCUUUAGAUGGAGAUACAGACUUCCACCCGGCUGCUGUGAUGCUGCUCAUAGAUCGGUUGAAACUGUACCCGCGUGUCGGGGCAGCGUGUGGUCGGAUCCACCCGACUGGAUCGGGUCCAAUGGUUUGGUACCAGAAGUUUGAAUAUGCUGUGGGUCACUGGCUUCACAAAGCAUCAGAGCACGUGUUUGGCUGUGUGCUGUGCAGCCCCGGUUGCUUCAGUCUCUUCAGAGCCAAGGCUCUCAUGGACGAUAACGUGAUGAAAAAAUACACCAUCAAGGCCUCCCAAGCACAACAUUACAUUCAGUACGACCAAGGUGAGGAUCGUUGGCUGUGCACUCUGCUGUUAAAGCAGGGAUGGAGGGUGGAGUACAACGCCGCCUCUGAUGCCUAUACCAAUGCCCCAGAGGAGUUUAAGGAGUUUUACAACCAGCGUCGGCGAUGGGGACCGUCCACCAUGGCAAACGUCAUAGACUUGCUUGGCUCCGCCUCCCUGAUUGUGAAAAGGAACCCGUCCAUGUCCAGACCCUACAUGCUCUACCAGCUUUUCAACUUGGCCUCAUCCAUCCUUUCACCAUCCACUGUUGUCCUCAUGAUUGCAGGUAGUUUCACUGUACUUUUGAAUAUUACACCCAAUGCUGCUCUGGUCCUGGCUGUGAUACCACCCGCCAUUUUCCUCGGCAUCAGCUUCAAGAUCAAGUCUGACACUCAGAUUAAAAUUGCUGCAGUCUUGAGCACCUUUUAUGGCUUCCUCAUGAUGAUAUCAGCACUCGUCCUAAUAGCCACCAUGAUGGCUGAAAAAACCAUCAUGACUCCGAGCAGCCUCUUCAUCAUCGCCCUCGCCAGCUUUUACCUGGUCACGGCCAUCAUGCAUCCUCAGGAGAUUGGUCUGGUGGUCUAUGGCUUGCUUUACAUCCUCUGCAUCCCCAGUGCCUACCUGCUGCUGGCCAUUUACAGCAUGGUCAACAUGAACAACGUGUCCUGGGGAACCAGGGAGACGGUGCCCCCUCCUGGAGCCGGUGCACCUGUGACUGCACCCCCACUAACCACAGCACAGAAAAUCAAAAACAAACUCACAGAGAUCUUCACGCAGUCAAAUUGCUGUAGAAAAGUCUGGCAAGGAUGCAGAGGCGAGGAGGUCGUCGUCAGCACGCAGAACAGCAUGAUUUUUCAGGAAGAGCAGUACGGACCUCAGCCCCAGAACACAAUUGUUGUGGAUGAGAGGAUUCCUGAAAUUCCCCAGGUAGAGCAGAGCAGAGUCGAGGAGCCUCCUGCAGUCGUCUGCCCGAACCAGUGUUGGGUCUCACAGCUACAGAGUUUGUCUGAGGACAUGCAACUGCGAGAGGGUCAACUCCACCAGGACGAGGAGCAUUUUUUUAGAGAACUGACGUCAAAAUACCUGGAGCCUCUGCCCGACGACAAAGAGAAACAGAAGCUAAUGGCUGAGAAACUCAAGGCACUGAGAAACAAGAUGACAUUCGCAUACUUCAUGUGCAACGCUGUCUGGCUCGUGAUGACCUUUACCCUCCAGCUGGCAGAAGCAAACAUCGCCAUCCAGGUGCCGAAGCUCGACACCAACAUGGAGUUCACAGGACAAUACAUGUACAUCGACCCACUCGGCUUCAUGUUCAUUUUCUCCUUCGCCUUUGUGGUACUCAUCCAGUUCCUGUCUAUGCUGUGGCACAGAGUCUCCACCCUAAUCCAUUAUGUGGCCUAUCUGGACACAGAGUCAAAGAUUAAAAAAGAACAACAGCCAACCAAAGAGGUCAAAGACGACGACAACCAUGACAACAACGACGACGACAACAACAACGACAGCAGCGACGACGACAGCGACGAAGACAGCGUCAAAGACAGCAACCACUUCUUGUUUCCGAAUCUGCUCAACAGAAGCCACGACCAUGGGUCUCUGGUGUAAACCCGAAGAACUUCUUAAUCCAACACUUUUAGAGGAACCAACUCUGACUUUAUCUUAUUUCAAUUAUUAAAAUCGACUUCAAAUUUGGCACUGAGAUCAUCUCACAACCCUUAUGUCUGUGUUUCCACGGAAGCUGACAAGCAAACAAAGCAUGAAACUAUGUGUGUGUGUGUGUCUACCUGGUAUUCCUCAUGUUGUGGGGACCUAAAUCUGUUUACACAGUCACGUAAUGGGGACUUGUCUUGUCUCUUGUCUCUCUUUUCUCUUUAUGGGGACAUGUGGACAAAAAUUCCAAUAAUGCAAAUUUCUACACCUUAGGGUGAAGACAUGUCAGGGUCAGGUAGCAAUUAUAGUUAAGGUUAGAGUAAGUCUCCAUGAAAUAAUGUAAGUCAAUGUAAUGUCCUCUGAAGUCAUGGAAACCAGGGUGUGUGUGUGUGUUUGUGUGUCUUUUAAAAAAAAUAUUUACGUGAACAUUGACUACAGUUUCAAUGUCUUUUUAGUCUAUAUAUAUAUAUAUAUAUGUAUAUAUACAAAAAUCUGACUGCAAUUAUUUUUUUACAAUAAUCACAGAUUUUGUGUAAUCUCUUUCUUUUCAUCGUUGUACUGUAAUUGUGCGUUUGUGU